CAAACAGUAUACUACGCACUUAUUGAGAGAGCACGCAACAAUCGACUGUGAGACGAUUUGUGAAACGUUCGCUGGAGGGCUUAAGCAAAGGUAACAAAACAUUAAUUCAGUCUCGAAAUAAAUCAUAAUUAUUCAUUCCGGCUGUUGUAAUUUACACGAGGUUUACUGUCACGGUACUUUGAUUUCUCAGUGCAAAAUCAUGCGUCAGUCGGCGAGGUUUUGAACGUUUUGGCUCUAUUUGAAAAGUUCCUUUCUGGCCGAUUACUGUGUAAUGAGCUAUCUAAGUAUCACGUUUUCUGAAACUUGUAUUUCUAGUCUUCAAGUCUUACAUUACGUUGGCUAAAUUUCAUCAACCCAAGUGAAAUGGAGGUCACACGCAGACUGUGACAGACAAAUAGCUCCGUAGUUUGAAUAGCGAAAAUUUGAUGCGAAAUCAGUUCAAAUGAUAACACAUUGAAGCUGUGCAGCAAUUUUUAAUCUAACUUAACUACCAAGUAAAGCACUUGAACAUCUACAUUGCAAACUAAGCUCUUGAAUGUAUUGUAAUUCCAUAACCUCAUACAAAGCGCAGACAAUCUAAUAGUACAAUAUGAUUUAUGAUUAACAUGAUAACAUCUAACCGGUGAAAAGUGAGAGACUGCCAUAUAGAUUUGUUGGAGCUCUCAAACGAUUUAAGAUUUCGAAAGAGCAUCGUUUGGAAUGCUUGUCAUGAUCCGCAUAGCAAUUUUGACCACACGCCCAAAUAACUUUAUGAUAAUCAGUCAACCUUGCCCAUUUUCCGAGAAGCACCGCCAAAGGUCAUUUGCAGAUUUUUUGCAAGGAUAUUGACUCGUAUCGUGGAAUGAAUAAAAAAACGACGUCUCAAUCAGAGGUUGAACGGUUAUGUUGUUCAUGGAUCACUUUUAUUCCUCAGGCUGGAAGUCGAAACUGUUUAAUGUUUUUAUUCAACUUAUUUCCACCAGAGCCCCUAAAGCAGAAUAUGGACUUCUCUGAGACCCAGGAACGAGAGGAAAAUCAUUUUGUCCAAGAUGAGGAUGAAAUCGGUAAGGCUCUUUUCUCGCCUGUUUACGCUGCAUGACUCGUUAGUCACUGUAAAAGUAGUGUCAAUGAUAGUCUGACAAAGGCAAUGCUGCGAUUGUCGACAGCUAAGAGAAGGCAUCGAAGGAAACAAGUGCAACGAGGACUGGAAUUCGUCUUUCUAUGUUAUGAAAAUAAAUUUUAGAGGUCACAGGAAUUAGUAUUUUGUCCUUUCCACUCUGGCAAUGACCUUUGAGCAAUAAUUGGGAUUGGCCAGGGAUUCCCGAAUAUAGCGUUAUUGCAAUCAUCAUAAAAAAAGUAAACGCUUAACAUGAAAAGCCACAAAAAUGUUUAACUCACAGUAGUCCGUGUGAUCCACAGAUAUAAAAUGUUUGCUGAAAGAAGGAGAACCGACAGAAGGAGACAUUGACUGGAUAGUCAGAGAAAUAAGUAGCAAUCCUGAUGAAAAGAAGAAGUUAUUUGAGUUAUUGAGAGUAAACGAUGAUGAUCCAGGAUACAAUAGUGGGGAAUCCAUAGACAACGCUAAAGAUUUCACUGAUGGAAUGACCAUACCCAGGCAUCUACUGAAGAACCAAACUUAUGAAGAACUGGCUGCACUGUUGGGCGAAUCACCCCUGAACAGGCGGGAUCUGGCGGUUAAAACUUGCUGCAUACAGAAAGGUGAGUGCAACACACGUCUUGCUUUUCAAUUUUCUUCGCUGCAAUUUGACUUCAGAGAAAAUCAAGCGAGUAUCUUAUUCAAGAACUAAAGCAAAUUUUCAGCAACAUCGUUGAACACUACUGAGCUAAUAAGUAACACACCUUAAUUUCCCGUCCAUAGAUCUGCUUCCCACCUACAUUUUGGCAAGAGGCAACCAAGCCGUAACAGCUUACCGAGGAGCUUUGACAUCAGGUGAAACACUUGACAACCGAGUCAAGGUAAUAUUGAUUGGUGAAGGUCAAGUUGGAAAAACAAGUGUUGCAAAAGCACUGAGAGGCGAAAAGUUUGAAGAGAACGAGCGCAGUGUGAAUGGCAUACUUAUGAGCGAGGUUAUCAAAAAUGCUACUCAUGAUAAACCCUGGAGGAACUCAGCCACUCGUGAAAACGCUCGAUCAGGUUUGUUUCAUUUCAUCAUCGUAAAAUAAUAUAAAAAAACUGGAGAUACGAUAAUUUAACGCAUAGCACGCAAUUUUCAGGAAAAAUUGAAUAGAGCCUUAAUGAUAAUUUAAGGAGAACUCUUUACAACUUUGUUUAGAAGCAGUGACGAGUGCACAAUGACUUUAUCCGUUCUUGUUAAGAAAUUCGUUCGUUUUCUUUUUUACUGAAGUGUCCUCUCAAACUAAUGGAAUCGACGCAAUUGAGGGUAUCUCACUGGAAGAUGAGGUCGAUGGCGCUCGAAGUAAUUCCCCUGAAAUAGAACUAGUAGUAUGGGAAUUAUCUGGCCAAGGUGCCUAUCGUGCCAUACAUCCUAUGUUCAUGACCCCAGACGCAGUGUACGUCCUGGUGUUUGAUUUGUCAAAAGGACUGUUUGACCAGGCAACGGCAAAAGACAACGAGAACGGGUCAGCAACGAAUUCAGAGAACGGAGAUUCCAAUCUUGACUGUAUUAUGAGGUGGAUGGACAUAUUGAAUUCCAUGAGAUAUUCUGCAGCUGAUGAAAUUCUUCCUCCUGUCUUACUUGUGGGUACUCAUGCGGACUGUGUUAAUGGAAACCCUAGGAGUAUCAUGGAUACACUUUUGGACAGAUUCCGCAAAAUUGAGCUGGGCGAUCAGAUCAAAGGAAACUUCGUCUUGGACAACACACUCAAUGUACCUGGCCAAGAAGACCCACAAGUUGCCAAAUUGCGUCGGCGAAUAUUAGAUGAAGCCAACAAGCUGCCGCAUGCUAUGAAGAAGAUUCCCCAAAAAUGGUUUGACAUAGAAAGAAAGAUCCAAAAAGAAGCAAAGGGGGGAAUUAAGUACUACACUACCAAAGAGGUCUUCACGAAGAAAGUUUGCCAAACUCAAGAUUUGAAUGAAAUUGACCAGAUCUUGCUCUUCCUUUGCGAUCGUCGGUCGAUAAUCUAUCACGAGAAUGCUUCUAAACAAGAUGGCUUGGUGGUACUGGAUCCACAGUGGCUCGUAGGUAGACUGUGCAAGCUAUUAAGUUUGCCACCGGAAGAAGAGGAUAAGAUAGAAUUUCUAAACUUACGGAAGGAGCUUCGAGAGACAGGAAUCCUACACCAAAAACUUUUACAUCGCACCUGUACAGAGUGGGAAGUAAAAGAUAUUGAGGAAGCAUUGGUUUCUCUCAUGCAACAUUACAAUCUUCUUUUCCACUGUCCAAGGAAGGAAAAGAACCCCAUUUACCUCGUUCCAUGCAUGAUUAAAAGAGCGACGGGAGAAAAUGAAGUCAUCCCGAGUAAGAAUGGCUCUUCAACGUCACCACCGAUUUAUCUAAUCUUUGGAACCAAGUUCGUACCGAUUGGCUUGUUCUCCAGAUUGGCUAUGCUUAUCGGAGCAUGGGCUGCGAAGAAAAGUUCCUUUGAGCAGCUGCAAAUAAACGCCGACACAGCAUGCUUCAUCUUAGAUGGCGUGAACUUCUUGGAGUUGAAGUGUCUCAAAAGUGUCAUACAGGUGCAAGUUUGGUCUGAAGACAGCACACAAUACAGUGAUCCAGGACUUUACUCAGAGAUUUAUUGGUAAGACUGCUUUCCCAUUUGCUUUCUCAGUUUCAACUCAUAUGAACGCCAUUCUCCUUACAAGUUGAGCUAGGCUAACAAUUAUUUCAUUGAUCAUUUACAUUCACUAAUACCCCUUUCCUGGUCUAGUAUCCUUGACAUCAUUCCCGCCUAUUUUGAGGUCUUAAGCUACACCUAAAAAUAAUUUUUUGUGCAUUGAUUGAUACUUAAAUGUAUAAUUCAAAAUUUUUAUAAAAUGGUUUUUUCAGUUGUUUGGAAAGGAGUUUGAAAGCGGUGUGUGCAACUUGUCACUGGUUACAUUCUGUUUCCUGGGAUCUCAGUGUGCAAUGCAGACUUUGCGCAGGAAUGGUCAACUUAAAGACCCGAAAAUGUAUCUGGCACGACAAGAGAAAUUGUCAUCACGAAGACUGCGCCCACUAUAUUCCCUUGAAAAGGCACAUUGCCUUAUUUUGCCAACAGGCCAGGAAGCGUCUCCCUGAGGAAAAAUUUGAGAGAUGGGUCCAGGUAGCUCAUUGUUUUUAUAUACCAUACAAGAAAGCAUAAUUUCUUUGUUGUAACGAGAAAGACCUUCGUGAAGCGAUUUAAGUGCGAAGAUUUUAACGCCCGACAUAGGACCGUUCUUCGGAUUUAAAAAAUGGGAUUUUCGUACAUGUAACGCUCUCUUACAACAUCCAUAUGACAAAAGUGAAAUUCACUAAAAAUUUACCGGAGGCCUAAUUGAUUUCAAUUGGCCGACGAAUUGCAGGUAGAUAGAUAGAAGCAUUUGUUGGUAACUAACUGGAAUUGCUUUCUUUUUUUUUAGGCUUCGGGGAAAAAUAACAGUCAGGAGGAAACAGGUUUAUUUUGUUUUGUUUUCACUUUUGUGUACCAUCAUACAUCUUAAACUCUUAUUUCCCCUUAAGUUUCAUCAGGUAGAAUAUUACAUUAAAUAUUUGAAUUACUGGCUCUUUGGAUGGAGGAAAAUCAGAGAAGCAUAUGAGCCAAUACCAGCAGACCGAGAUCUUCAUUCCAUUAUCUAUACCAUUUAAGAAACUAGAAAGGUUAAAUCAUGCAGGGAUGAUCAACAGUCGAUUCAAUACCAUUCUGAUAGAUCUAUGUUGCUUAGUGUCCAACUAGAAGGAAUCUUUACACGCAUGCUAGCUAGCAAUUUAUUUCUUUUUAAAUUUUUUUUUAUCUUCUAAUUGACCAUCCAUCUACGAUCUUAGGAAAAGAGAAUAUAGCCUCAACCAAUGAAAUUACUGUUCUGCUGUUAGCUGAGGAGUGGGGCUCCGGCAAAGGCGGCCUCUCAACAAUCAAUAGGCAACUGGCAAUCGAGCUUGCAAGAUACUCCAAUCUGAGAAUCUACUUCUACGUUAUCAAAUCCAACGAAGAAGAUAAGCAAAUGGCCAAGAGUAGUAACAUCAACAUUAUAAAAGCCAAGAAACGACCUGGUUAUAAUAAUGGUUUUGAGCGGCUAUCGUUCCCUCCGGAGGAAUUGCCACUGAUUGACGUGGUUGUUGGGCAUGGAGUGAAGCUGGGAAAGCAGGCACAGCUGAUUAAAGUGAAACAUCCAAGAUGUGUCUGGGUUCAGUUUGAGCAUACCGCUCCGGAGGAACUUGGCACCUACAAGAAUUAUGAAGGCAAAAUCGCAAGAGGGGAAAGUAAGCACCGCGAUGAGGUAGAUCUCGCCAAACGCGCUGAUGUUGUGGCUGCAAUUGGUCCCAAACUAACAGAGUAUUACAAGACCUCACUGCGUCCUGAUAAAGGCGGACCGGAGAAGGUUUUCGAAAUGAUACCGGAUCCAAGUAUGUUCCAUGAAUUUCGCUCGUGCAAGCAGGUCAAGGAAGACAGAGAAAACUUCAACGUUUUGAUAUUUGGUCGUGGUGACUCGGAAGAUUUCAAGCUUAAAGGAUUUGACAUAGCCGCAAGAGCAGUUGCAGAACUUAACGAUGAGAAGUACCACCUCUAUGCUGUUGGCGCACCACAUGGACAACAGGAAGAUGUUGAAAAGAAGUUACUUCAGUGUGACAUCUCUCGUCGUCAGUUGACAGUUCGUGGUUUUAUCGAAUGUAGAGAUGAAGUCGCUCAGUUGCUGUGCGAGGUGGAUCUUGCCAUCAUGCCGUCAAGAACAGAAGGCUUUGGAUUGACAGCUCUAGAAGCCUUAGCCGCAGGUCUACCGAUUCUGAUCGGAAAAAAUUCAGGUUUUGCCAAAGCUCUUCAAAAGAUAAACGAAUCAGCUUGUAUCGUGAAUUCCGAAGACAGCAAGGAAUGGGCGAACGCGAUUCGAUUUAUCAAGGAGAAACCGAGAUCAGAGCGAUUACAGGAAGCCAAGAGGUUAAAAGAGAGGUGCGAAAGUGAAUUUGCCUGGUCAGGGCGGUGUCAAGCUCUUACGGAGAAAAUUCUUCUUCUUGUUGGUAAGUAGUAUAUAAUUGUUGCAGGUUCAAUAAAUAUUUACAUUUUCUGAACCACAAUGCACAUCUUAUCUACUUCUCAGGGUUUUAAUGACUGUUUGUUUCGGUCCGUCUUAACAUCUGUCUUGCCAACAUUCUCAAAUUAUUCUUCCCUGGCGACAACCCGUUUUUGUCUGAAAAACUUGUAAAGCAGCCCGGUGACGUAGUACCAUUAUUUUCAACUCAAACAGUUACAUUCUAACUGGAAUGCCCUUAAGUUAUGGAGUAAAGAAAGAAAAUGAACUAAUAGGGAGAACAUCCUCCCGCAUCCGAUGAUACCUCCUUGACAUCAAACCUUGUACCUCUUUAGAGAAGAAAAGUCACAAUAAAGAUAUGAAAGGUGAACAAAGGUGUGAAGUAGCAGCAGUGCCAGAGGGGCAGGAAGAAGACGAGACACAAAACCAGUCACAAACAACACGAAGACCCAACGCUGUUGAGGAACAAGAGCCGACAGGUUUUGACGGUAUGCAAGAAACAUCACAUGAGAGAAAGAACUGGAAACUAGUUUCUCUUAUCGUUCAUUUUAUAUGAUUCUUUUCCAAAUGAAACGACAUUGCAAGUGUCUGAAGCGGCGCAUGAUUCAGGACCGUAGAUGCACGAGUGACGCGAGACAUUUCCCUCCCAAACUUUAUGGUGAUGUGCACAUAUCUUAAUAAUCUUUACCCUUGUUUGGACCUAAUGAAAAAGCCAGUUUAAUCCGGAUCGUAAGGGCAAAACAGAAUUUGACCCAUUACUCUAGCAUGAACUAUCAAAAUAAGUUGGCUCCAAAUUUAUAUUGAAUUCUCUGGACCAAAAGAAGGAUGCCAAAUAGAGUCUCUCAUCGCCUCAAGCAUUUUAAAAUACUUAUUGCAUUCUGUUAAAUUACAGAGGGUUAUAGCAGCUCCAGAGACAGAACCAACUCAACUGAAUUUUCAUCCGGGCACGAGGAGACCAGCAAUUCUCCGAAUGCAGUGUUGAACGUUAGAAGAAACUUUCACGCAGAUACCGAAGAUACGCGACUCAACGAGCAGGUACGGUUGAAAAGAGUAAUUGCAGUAUUCAAAUAACAAAGCCCCGUUUUCCCGUUGGCAAGCAUGCUCAGGAACCUUUGUUAUGGUUUGUUUCGUUUGAUCUGCAUUUCUCUAUAAUAGUUUAGGUAUAAAAUGAGGAAUAAAACUUGACUCCACUGACCUACCUCGAAACAACUGCACGCAAAAUUUGUUAAGAUGAGUCGUACAGAAUGAGUCAUAGUAACAUGUUUUCUUUUUUUGUUUAAUAGCAAAACGGUUCCCAGCUGGAACGAGAUGAAAAUCAGGAGACGGGUACAUCCCAAAAAGAGUAUGUGGUGAAAAGUUAUUUUCUCAGAAAGUUAACAAAAUGUUGUUAAACGAAUUUUAAAUUACACAACUCAAGUAGCCACCCCUUUAAUUUCAGACAGAAUGUAGGAGUAAGAUUAAGGGAAAUUGUUGUAGCGCGAAAAAGUAGACCGUAUGCUGCCAAUACUCACGCUCUAUUGAAGUCGUUCGGUCCAGUGAGACAAUUUUUAAAUGAGAAUGCUCACCCUGUUCAAUCAGUACUCAAGACCCCAAAAACCUGACUUAGUAAGGCUGUGCUCUCCAAUCAAGGGGGCCAGGCAAAGUACCUAAAAUGUUACACUAGAAAUACUGGCUUCAGUCCUUUUUGACAUUUUCCAAAGUAUAAAAUUUGAACCAAACGUUAAAUGUCGUGCCAAAUGUGAAUUUGUUGUACCAAAGGUUAAAAUGUCUUGUUCUUCAGCAGUUCAACUCAAGGACCACGGCAAAGGAAAAAUCUUCUGAGUCAAAAGGAUUGCGACGGAGAGAUGACGAAAGAGAUGACGUUUUCAAGUAUCAAGGACCUGCAGUGUUGGAGAACAAGGAGUUGCUUGAUACUAGUUAUAUUAGCAAUGUUAAUAGUAACAGCAUUAUGCUUUCAAAAGUAGAGUUUUAUGAAGGAUUACUGGAGUGCGCCUCUGUUGACGCUUCCCUCUAAUCUAGAUAACUUACAAUAAGCUCAUUUGGGCGUUAAUAAGUAUUUCCGUAUCGAAGUAUCCAUUUAUCAACCCAUUACAUUAGUAAUCAUAUUCUCCGCACUGUUCUCUUUACAUUUCCCAUGGAACUGACAAGGAGAAUUGGUUUGAAAAUCAGGAGUUUUGUGAGUUUGUGAUCGUUUCCUUCAUUUUCAUGACCUUCAUAUAGAUUCAAGAGUGACAUUGUGAGGAGAAUGAGAAGCCAGUUACUUUUAGGGGUAUAGGGGUAAUGUAACGUUUCAUCAGGUGUUCCAAAUCAAGUGCUCGUAUGAUCAUAACAGUGAAAAUCACACCUUGCGAGCUUCUCUAUAAAUUUCAGGAGAGUUUUAACUAAAUUUCCCUUUUAUAUUCAAGAUCUCUACAUAAAUUCUCCAUACUACCUUUCUCUUUGAAUUUAUUUUGUCGCCCGUCCUUAACAACAUUGACACGCAUGAGGGUUGGGGGGGAGUUCCUUACUGGGUCAAAUUAUCGACGUGUUAACCAUAAUCAUCGUAAACAUUAAAAUAAAUAAAGGGGCACCAAAGUUAAUUCCUUUUCCAUUCUCAGAGAAUGAAGUCGUGACUUAAAAGUAUGAUGUCAAUUAUUUCUAUCUUUAAGUAAAACAUUACUGGGAAAAGUCGAUGACUGAUGUUUGGCUUUAAAGGUCAGUUUGGAAGAACAGUACUCAUAGUAACAUUCAUUUUUUAUAAUAAGAACUAUACAUUGUUCUCCUGUGACCCACCCAUUCAUAUCCAUGACAUAUAACUUUUUAAGAGCCGUGGCAAAUACUUGAAGGAGACAAACAAGCGAACCGUUUAAAUUUUAUUCCUUUUUUUUAAAAGCAUUAGAGUUUACAUCCUGCAGCAGCACUUUUACAAAAACACUUGUCUGUCCUUAAAAAAACUGAUUUUUAGUUGGGUGACUGAUUUUUCAUCAACCUAUAGCUCUCUAUCCCUUUCCGCAUCCGCGGUGAGACAGUUGUAAUGGGAAGGUUACCCCUAGAUUUAACUUGAUUAUGUCUGCU